AAAUAAGAGUGAUCAAGGAAGGUCUCCCUGAUAAGGUAACUUUCGAAACCUGACUAUCUAUUACGUCAAUUGAGUACAAAGCCCUGGUGGAGUUACUGUGUUAAAAUACAAUUAUCCAGUGACUCCUUUCCUAAGCGAAGGUACGUUUUCCAUCUCCAGAAGGUUUCAGUAUUUACCCACAGCAAACAUGGCGGAAAAGGCUUCAUCCGAACACACUCGGGCCACCAAUAAAGAGGGCCACAGCGCUUCCUGUGUUUGCCCUUAACAAAGAUGGCUACAACACUUCCUGUUCAGGGCUCUUGCCUUCAACAAAGAUGGUGCCCAUGGUACAGGUUCCCUGACUGUCUGGAUUCCGGUUGCAGUUUGUUCUGUUUUGUUUUUAAAGAUACGUGUUUGCAGACGGGCACAUGGAGGCUAGAGACAAGCAAGUCCUUCGCUCCCUUCGCCUGGAGCUGGGUGCAGAGGUGCUGGUAGAGGGGCUGGUUCUCCAGUAUCUUUACCAGGAAGGGAUCUUGACGGAAAACCACGUUCAAGAAAUUAAAGCUCAAGCUACAGGCCUUCGGAAAACAAUGCUGCUGCUGGAUAUCCUACCUUCCAGGGGUCCUAAAGCAUUCGAUGUAUUCCUAGAUUCCCUGCAGGAAUUCCCUUGGGUAAGGGAGAAGCUGGAGAAGGCAAGAGAAGAAGCCAUAGUUGAGCUGCCUGCAGAGAUAAGAAAACGGAGGCCUGAGGAUUCUGUGACUUGCCUGGCAUCCCACAGCUCACCUGGAGGCCAGAUUCUGAGAUUCUGUCACUGGUGCCACCUCAGAAGGCCCCCUUGUCCUUUCUUCUACACCAGUGGUUCUCAACUAAGGGCGACUUUGCCUUCCAGGGGACAUUUGGCCGUGUCUAGAGGAAAGCACGGCUGGCGUCCUGGGCAGCACCAGCUGCACACUUGGAAAAAGGAAAAUACAGACCCCUUGUUCAAAGAGCAGGGGAAAAAAAAAGGCAGUUAAAGAUCCAAUCUCUGACUUUCUUCCGAUUUGCUCUGCACUGCAAGGAGCUGACUCCUGCAAACUUCAUUUCCCUGGCUGUCCUGCCAACCGCUGCCAGCUAGAUUCCAUCACUUGGAGGCCACAGAGAAAGACUGGAGGACUGGAGGAAGGGAGGAGCCAGGUAUUUCUCCUUGCAUCUGAGCCUCAGUUUUCUCCCCUGUACAAUGAAAAAACAAAAACAAAAACCAGAAACACAAAAAACCCCAAUAGUAUCUUUUCCCAGGUUUCUGUGAGAAAUAAGGCAUGCAAAAUGCUUAGCACAAUAUCUUCUAUAUAAAAUAAACAUUCAAGGGCCAGAGCUGUUACUGCUUUUAGCCUUGCUUUGGUAAGUGGGAAAGUGCAGUGAUCAGUUAGUGAUGUCUGCCAAGAGUGCAGUGUGGUAGAGUAGUGAUAUGUAAGAGGGGUACUUACCAAGCCCAGGAUCUUGAAGCUGUAUUGAGAGAUCUGGCAAAUGACUUCGACAGACUGGUAAGGUCUUGGGAGAAAUGGAAGAUCUGGGAUGGUGAUAUCAAAAGUAGACGUGGACGAUGAAAGAGAAAGUUGAGGAGAGAAGAUUCUGAAUUCAUUUUUAGACAAGGUGUUGAGCUUUUUCCAAAAAAAUAAACCCCAAAGCAAAAGCAGUGAUACCCUUGAGGGAACCUCAAGAGAUUGGGGAUUUUGAUAGAAAUACUGGUGUGCGGUGAGUUAGCAAAGAAAACCAUUAUACCAGCUACAUGCUCAGACCUUACAGACAACUGGAAACCGAUGUGGGAGACCAUGGAAGCCCCAGUUACCAAAGUCUGGUCUCCUCUUCAUAGGAGAAACCAUUGUUCUUUGCUUAGUGAGUCUUCCCUGCUCAGGCUUCUCUCUGUUUCUGUCUCUUUCCAGUUUUCCUCCUCUUGCUUCUGUGCUGUGGUUAGAAUCUGUGUCUUGCAUUCAAGAUGAUUGGACUUGAGUGUACCAUUUAGUAUGGAGUUUCUCAACUGGGUUGUGUCCUCAGCUCAGGCCGCCUCCCCGUUUCCUUAGGUCUGGCCUUUAUUGGAUUGGCUUCUGGUCUUUGGCUAUGUGUAGCAGCCUCGGCCAGCAUAGCAAUCACCUGACACAAAGUCUCAAGGUCCACCCUUUUCAGAAUGAGCUGUGUAACCAACUGUGAAACCAGUGGGUUUCAUGGUGUAGACAUGGUAAGUGAGUUGGAGAUAUCAGCGAGAUCUCUAUGAAGCUGGAAAAGUAAGAUGGGUUGUGGUUGAGAGAGCAUCGAGGAGACUUAAUUACAUCUGAUAUUAUACAUCUCAUGCAAAUUUGAUCAGAAAAUAUCAAAACCUGUCCAAGGCUCAGGGCAAAGAAAUCAGAAGUUAUUUACGGCGGGGGGGGAGAGAUGGUUCUUCCAGUGGAAUCCAGAAAAUUAGACACUUUACAUAGGAAGAGAUUUUCUUACUGUUCUUCAUAGGAACUUCACUAAUUUCUUAGAGGAACAUCUUAGAAAUUGGCUUG